GAUUCCCAGUUACAGAUGCUAUAUCAUCCAUACCAAGCCACAGGUACUUAAGCGACUUUGCCCCAGCGACCUACACGCACCUGACCUUUCGCUCCUUGCAGCCUUUUCCCACCGAUGCACGCCUGUAGCGUUUGAAUAGAUCAGAAAGAUAACUUGAUAGAGUCGCUCUGGAUUAGAUCGCGGCCCUGAGGGGGCCCGAGAUGCUCGUUAUGCACGCCAGCGGCCUCUUCGCGGGCUCCCUUGGUGGGAUUGGAGGUGGCAGUAGUUCCAACAGUGGGCGGUGGGGUGUGCAGGCGGCGGCGGGGAGGGCAGGCGGCGGAGGCAGGGCGGGCGGAGGCAGAGGGGGCAGCGGAAGCGGCGGCAGGGGCAGCAGCGGGCGUGACCCCGCGGAUGACAUGACUGUGUGUCAGACUCUGGAGGAGCUGCAAGCACUGAUCAGCCAGCGGCUAUCAGUGUGGAAGGGCCGGAAAGACGUGACCACCAUGUUUGCAGCGUUCAACCUGUGCGGCAGGCUGAAGUCGCGCGCUGGAGCUGCGGCAACGGCUGUAGCACGCAACAGCAUUAUCGGCGCCCUUGCGCCGGCCUACCUGCCGCUUGUGCCGCGCAUCCGCGACGCAAAGAACUGCAGCAUUCCUCUGUUGGCGCUGGGAAAAGCCGGAGUUGCGGGCGGGGGCGGCGGCACGGAGGCUCAACUUGCAGCAGCGCUGCUGGAGCGGCUGGUGGAUCCUGAGGUCCUUGUGGACGCGCAGCCUCAGGUGCUUUCAAAUGCUAUGUAUGCGCUCGGCAAGCUCAAGCAAGACCAGCAGCAGCGGGGCGGCUCGGGCUGGGACCCCACCUCAUCGCCACGCCUGCAGAUCUUGGCGGCAGCUGUGGCGCAUCGGUUGCGAGUGGCGGUGGGGCACGGCUUCACAGCACAGGGGAUAUCUAACAGCCUGUGUGCGUGCGCCAAGCUGGGGUACCGCAUUACAGCAGAACUUCUACUGCCACUGGCGGAGGCGAUUGCAUCGUUCAGUGUCAGCAUGCAGCCGCACGAGCUGGCCACCAGCCUGUGGGCUCUCAAAGCUCUUGGGUGCAAGGGGCCAGAUUACCGAGCAGCAGUUGAGGCGCUGUGCGGGGAGGCGCUGCAGCGGCUGCGGACACCGAAGCUCGCUGCAGCAUUUACCCCGCAGGACCUGUCCACCAUCCUGCUGGCGCUGGAGGGGCUGCAGUUGGGCGGCAAGCAGGCAGAGCUGGUGGCGGCGGUGGCUGCGGAGGAUGUGCGGCGGGGGUUUGCCGGGUAUGGGGCUCAGAACGUUGGCAAUUCGGCGUGGGCCCUUGCUAAGAUGGGUUUGGGAGUGGGCCCGGAGGCGCCGACGGAGCAGCGGCAGUGGGUUUCGGCCGCCGUGGACGCAGCAAUGCGGCCGGGCGUCAUGGCCCGCGCAACACCUCAGGCUUGGGCCAAUCUGCUGUACGCCCUAGCAUUGACGCGGCACCAGCCGCCGCCGGGACUGCUAGAUGCGGGUGCAGGGGAAUCAAUGCAGAGGGGCAAUGGCCAGGACUGUGCAAACACGCUGUGGGCACUGGCGGUGCUGCAGCUGCGGCACGCCGGCUUGGAGGCGGCGGUGGUCGGCCGGCUGGGCGAGCUGCUGCAGCACGACAGUCAGGCGCUAAACCAACAAGACAUAUCAAGCAGUCUGUGGGCCAUGGCGGUGCUCGGGGGCACGUCUUUCCCUGGCAUGCAGCAGCUAGCAAUUGAGCUGGCGCGCGAUGCAGCAAUCCGUUGGGAGGGCUUUACAGCAGUUGCGGGUCUCACACAGCUGUGGCAGGCGCAGCGGGAGCUAGGUGGUGAGGUGGCGGCGGCCCUGGGCGGCAGCCCCGGCCUGCAGGCGGCUAUGGCGGCGGCGGUGGCAGCGGAGAGAGCAGCAGAUGUCAAGCCUCCUCCUGACAACCAGAAACAGCUCCUCGCAGCGCUGAGGCGGCUUGAGCAGCAGGGCCUUAUCACGACAACGGAAGGCCCCAGCAUCCAGUCCUUGCAAACAGGCGUUAUCUUGCCAGGCAUACUGGCGCCAGUGGCUGCGGUGGUGGGGCUGAGUGACGGGCAGCAGGCGGCAGUGGAGCUGGUUGGACUGAAACGGUACCUCUACAACCGAAAGCAGCCGCAGGACCCCGCCGAUGUGGACGGUGGUACGGCCAUGCGCAUUCGGCAGCUGCGGCGGGCGUUCGGGGAGGGCGGCGGCGUGCUUGUGGUGCCGUACUGGGAGUGGGCGGGCCUGAAGAGCCCGGAGGAGCAGGAGGCCUACCUGCUGCACCGGCUGCAGGAGCCGAUGGCACCGCCGCCGGAAGUCGUGGGCAACGGCGGGAUUCGUGCCAGCGAGGAGACACGCUCGGCCGCACCUGCUGCUUCGUCGCCAGCAGCAGCCACGUCCGGCGACGGCGCUGCUGGUAAUAAGUAAGGCUGUACCGCAGCGGCCGGCGGCAACCAUCACAAACAGGGGCGGCGGCGGUUCUGGGGCCGGCAGUCCGCAGCAGCAACUGCUGGCGCGGCCGGCGCGGCGAGAGAGUGGUGGCGGCGGCGGAGUUGGGGCUGGUUGAGGAGGACAUUAGAAAGGUAGUAAAGAGCGCGGCCACAUUCUGGGCACUGUGUACGGCUGCUGCAGGAGUCUAGGAGAAAUCUAGGCCAUUAUUCUGUUGGAUGGAGGAGAGCUUACAAGACAGAGGGCGCGGUUGGUGGCGUGUGGAGCAAAGGGGCAAGCGACGGGCGGUACUAGUGCCGGCGCUGCAAGCAGGUAGGGUGGUGUAGGCCGUGCGUGUCCGCCGUACAAGGCCGCGGGUGCGCUGCGCUGGUGCGUGCCGAGCUGGAUGGGUAGGCACCAGGUGCAAGCUGCAAGGUGGCGCUGGAAGUAAGGUAUGCAUGGCCACCGUGCAAGGCCGCGGGUAGUGGAUGGCAAUCACACGGGGCACGGCAUGCUGCAAAUUCACGGCAAUGUGCGUUGGCCGGUGGCGCCAGGUGCGUGAUUGGCUGAUAAAUUGUCUGGCGGUAUUGCGAGAGUCUAAGAGAGAGCAGGUAGCCGCCAGUCAGGCGCGCUGACGUGGCGUACGCACACGCCCGAGCGCUGAGCACAUAUGUCGAGCUGUGCGCAUGAGCUUGAUUUGCAAUUGGCGCCUGCUGUGCGCCCGCUGCUCGGGCUGAGGGAGAUGAGGUAGACGCUUGCGGCCUCAGACUAGAGAGUGAUGGCACCUAGUAACAUGUUCGGUAUGGCGGGAGGAGCGUCCUAUGGGAGCAAGCCUACUAGAGCUAGAGUAGGCCGACGGCGCUGCAGGCGGCACGCCCCUGGGGUCCAGAGCAGGGUGUUCGUUCUCCACGUCACUGGCUCGUGAACUGCGUCAGCAGGUCCCUCUUGUAACCAAUGCAAUCU